AUGAGCGACAGAUACGAUCGUGCUAUUACUGUAUUUUCUCCUGAUGGCCACUUAUUUCAGGUUGAAUAUGCACAGGAAGCUGUCAAGAAAGGAUCAACCGCUGUGGGAGUCCGUGGAAAGAAUAUUGUAGUUCUUGGAGUUGAAAAGAAGGCAGUUGCCAAACUUCAGGAAGACAGAACAGUGAGAAAAAUUGCCUUGCUAGAUGAUCACGUGGCUUUAGCUUUUGCUGGCUUGACAGCUGAUGCUCGAAUCCUCAUCAAUCGAGCCCGAGUCGAAUGUCAGAGUCACAGACUGACAGUGGAAGACCCUGUUACAGUGGAAUAUAUCACACAGUACAUCGCCCAGCUCAAGCAGCGCUACACACAGAGCAAUGGACGCCGCCCUUUUGGUUUGUCAGCACUCAUCAUUGGCUUCGACAAUGAUGGAACUCCAAGAUUGUACCAGACAGACCCCUCGGGUACUUACCAUGAAUGGAAGACCAACACUAUCGGCCGCAGUGCCAAAACUGUACGAGAGUUCUUGGAGAAGCACUACACCGAGGAAGUCCAGGCAAAUGACGAUGAAUGCAUCAAAUUGACUCUGAAAGCUCUGCUGGAAGUGGUCCAGUCCGGGGGUAAAAACAUGGAGGUGGCCGUCAUGAGACGAGGAAAGCCUCUACAGAUGAUGGAGUCAGAGGAGAUCGAAAAAUAUAUUACUGAGAUUGAGAAGGAACGAGAAGAGGAAGCCGAGAAAAAGAAACAGAAGAAAUGA